AUGAAGUUCAUGAAAGUCGGCCGUGUGGCCAUCAUCACCCGUGGCCGUUACGCCGGUAAGAAGGUCGUCAUUGUCCAGCCCAACGAUGCUGGCUCUAAGACCCACCCCUUCUCCUACGCCAUUGUCGCCGGUAUCGAGCGUUACCCCCUCAAGGUGACCCGUGGUAUGGGCAAGAAGCUCGUCGACCGCCGCAGCCGCAUCAAGCCUUUCAUCAAGGUCGUCAACUACAACCACUUGAUGCCCACCCGUUACACUCUCGAGCUCGAGGGUCUUAAGGGCACCGUCUCCAACGACACUUUCAAGGAGGUCUCCCAGCGCGAGGACGCCAAGAAGACCAUCAAGAAGGCUCUUGAGGACCGUUACACCAGCGGAAAGAACCGUUGGUUCUUCACCGCUCUGCGUUUCUAA